CAACUUGCGACAGUUUGUAACGAUCCACUUGUAAAACAACGUCCCGGGAUUAGCGAAGCAGCACCGACAUGGCCACCAAGCUUACAGUUUUCCUCGGUUGUCUGGUGACGGUCGCAAAAGCGGGUUUGUUGCCAGCUGCCCCGUUAGGGUUCGCCCCAGCGGCAGGCGUCGCCGUGGCAGCGCCGCUGGUCAAGUCGGUGACGGAUUACGAUCCCCAUCCUCAGUACACGUACGCUUACGACGUCCAGGACAGUUUGACGGGCGACGCGAAGAGCCAGCACGAGACGAGGAACGGCGACGUCGUAACCGGAAGCUACAGCCUCAUCGAGGCCGACGGGACGCGCAGAGUCGUCGAAUACACCGCCGAUCCUGUCAACGGUUUCAACGCCGUCGUCCACCGGGAACCAGCCGUCGUCAAGGCCGCGGUUGUUCCAGCUCCCGCCGUCGUCCAACCGGGACUCGCCAAGUUCGCGUACCAUCCAGCACCUCCGGCCUUUGCUCUUCGCCCCUGAAAAUUCCUCCAAACUUUCGUUCUCAAUCUGACUUUAUUUAAACGAAGAAACUGCUACGAAAAUGAGAAAGAGAGAGAGAGAGAGAGAAUGAGGAAGAGGAUUUCCUGGUCCUAGUCACCCUGCUGCCCUGCCCUCGCAAACUGUACAUAAAUUACUAAAAAAUAUGAUUAUUUUUAUACGCAAAACUAUAAGCGACCAAGAAUUACAAUUAAAC